UUUUAUUCUUUAAAAGUCACCGUUGGUAUUCGUAGGUAUAAUCUUACGGCUGUAGAAAUAGAUGAACUGUUGAGAAAACACGAAAUAAUUCCUGAUGUCAUUCAAACUGCUCCGAAAAACGUUUUGCAGGUCACUUAUUUUCCAACGCUUGUGAAAUUUGGAAAUGAAAUAAAUGCUACCGAAACAGAUAUGGAGCCCCCAUUGAUGGAAUGGCCAGCAGAUUCGGAGUACCAAUACACACUAAUUAUGACAGAUCCUGACGUUCCAAACCGAACAACACCUUAUGAGAAAGAAUGGCAAAACUGGAUAGUCGUGAAUAUUCCUGGCUGCAAAUUCACGGAUGGCGAAGUCCUCACAGAGUACAUUCCACCAUUACCGGAUCAAAUAUAUGGAGGCGUGCAUAGAGUGGUAUUUCUAGCGUACAAGCAGCCGCUACUUGAUAUAAUUUUCAGAGAGCCGGAACUUGGCGAGGAACAAACAUCUUACGAACAUCGCGGUAAAUUUUCUACGGAAAAGUUUGCAAAGAAAUAUAAAUUAGGAGAUCCUGUUGCAGUAAAUUUCUUCUACCUAAGAUUAGCCUUUUCAAUGUUAUCAGAACGUAAGUGCCGGAGCAAGCACUGGGUUCAGUUAUGUCAUCGACCAUCAGUCACAUUUAUUUUAACUUCACACUUCACGAUUUUUAUGGCGUGUACAAACAUGAGAACUCCACCAACUCUUACAACCACAUCUAAACACAAGCAGAAACAAUUGCAAGGAAUACAGGAAAAUUCAUCAAAAGCGCCUCCAAACUCAACACUCAUCGAUCUGCCAGUUUUUACCCACGACGAAAUCGACCCCGAGAUCAAACCAUACAUUGAUAAGGUCUACAAUGACUCAGACUUCGACAAAAUCGUCUACGCCGAUGGUGACAAGGUCACCAUUUUAUACGAUCGAGACAAGGAGUCAGAAGACGACGACCCGGAAAUACAGCGAUUAUUGAGGAAGAUGAAAGAAGAAUCCAAUGACGAAUACCGUCGAACAAAAAUGAACUACUUCAAUCAUACCGUUGGUCACUUCCUCAACAAGACUGAGGAGGAGUUGAAGUUUUUACAAGAGCGGAACCAAAUUUAUGAUGACUUAAUAGAAAAACCGGCACCAAAUAUUAUACAGGUUGCGUACGGCAAAGUUGUAGUUGAGCUCGGGAAUGAAAUUCAUGCAAAACAUACAACAAGGAUGCCAUCGUAUGUCACAUGGCCGGCAGAGGACAAUUCUCAGUACUGCCUGAUAAUGACAGAUCCGGAUACGUCUUAUCACUCCCGACCGGGAAAACCGAGAGAAUAUCAACACUGGGUUGUCGUCAAUAUCCCCGGCAAUAAUUUAUCUGGUGGAGAAUUCAUAACGGAAUAUGUCAGACCUCACCCAGAGUUCGAUGGAGUUGGUUUCCAUCGAUUCAUAUUUUUCGUUUUCAAGCAAGAGGAAAAAGACAAAAUAUACGAUGAAAUCAAGCUUAGCCAUAUACCUGUGAAAUCUCUACGAAAAGGCUUUUCGACGAAACUAUUUGCAAAGAAAAAUAAUCUGAAAGGACCUGUAGCAAUUAAUUUCUUCAUAGCACGAUGGGAUAAAAGCAUUGAUGAGGAAGAGGAAAUUUUUGGACCGUUAGUUCAUGGACAAAACAUUUAAAUAUUUUAUCAACAAUUUAUGUAAAAAUAAAAUGGUUUCUGCUACAAAAAAAGAGAAAAAAAAAAAAAAAAAAAAAAAAAAAAAAAAAAAAAAAAAUCGUGAGGCGGGGCCAAAAGAAGAUGAGGGAUACUAGACAGGAGACGAAUUUGAUGGUUUAUACUGUAUAAACCCGCCAGUUAAAUAGCUAAGAAUGUGCAUUGUCUACGCUGUCCUUACUGAUUCCAAUGUUAAAAUUAAUUUUAGGUAGCUAAGUAAUUUUUUUUCAUAGUAUAUGUUACGUGCCAUAUUACUGCACUCCACGUGAAAGACAAUUAGCUUUUUAAACAUUUUGUAGAUUUGGUGAGAAAAAAACUAUACUUACACUAUUUUAUUAAAAAAAAUUAAUCUAACGGAUCAAUAAGCAUUCUGUGCAUAAAUAA